AUGCUUGUAACCGAGACAUUCCAUGGCUACAUUGAAACGACCCAAGAUGUCCUUCUCAUCUUUGAAGGCUGUCGUCGGGGGCUACUUCCAAGAAUAUGCAGACGACUACAAGAGAAAGAACGCAAAAUGAUUCAAUCUGGAUCUGUUUUUGUAUUUGAUGAACGAGAGUCAGGCAUUAAACGGUGGACAGAUGGAUUGGUGUGGAGUCCUUCUCGAAUCUUGGGCAACUUUUUGAUUUAUCGUGAAUUGGACAAGCGUGCCACUGGCAAACGAGGUUCACUUUCAGGCGAUGCAUCGAGACAACGCAGCUAUAGUGUCGAUCAUAGCAACGCAGCAUCAUCAUCAGCAGCAGCUAUUGCCGCGGCAACAGGAGGUGCAUCAGCAAAUGUGGAUCGUAAUCGAGAGCGUCAACUUGUGGGGAGUCUUUCAGAUUCAUACAAAUUCCGUAAAGAUGGGUUGAUCAAAAAGACAAUGUCAAUUGUGGUGAAUGGCGUAUCACAGCAUUUGGUGUCGUAUUAUAAUCCACAAGAUGUGCUUGAAAAUAGGCUACGCACCCCGUCAUCUGUGCCUGAACUUGCUGGUUUGGAGAUCUCCCCCGAAUUAUUGGCAAGACAAAACUUCCGUAUUCCGCCUAUGGUUGAACCUACUUUUGAAGGUGCAGAUGCUGCCAUUACUGCUGCUGCUGCUGCUGCUAACUUUGGUGGUGGUGGUGGUGGAGGAGGAGGUGGUGGCGGAGGUGGUCCUAUUCCAGCUGCAUAUGCAUAUGGCCAUCGUCGUGCUCAUUCUUUGCGUAGCAUGUCACUUGGAUCGAUUCGUUCAUCAACAAUGGAUCAAUAUCAAAGCCGUCACCAUGACAACAACGUCAUGUAUCACUAUGACAACAGCAACCAGAAACAGCAAUCACCCACCAUUUCGCCCUACGCCCAUCAACAACAACCCACCAUGAUGUACGGCGUUCCACCUGCAUAUCCUGGAAUUCCUUCACCUUCCAGCUUAUCUUCCACACCUGGCACACCGUUGAUGUCUCCUGUACGCGCUCAACAUCAACAACAUCAUCAACGACAUUAUUCAAUUUCAUCGACCUCGUCGAUAUCAAGAGUGGAUACACGAGAUAUGCUCGCAUAUAGACCAGAACAUCAACGCCCAUCAGAUGCUGCAGCAGCAGCUUCCUUUGGCCAUCUCGCUGGCGAUAUUGGCUUUUUUGAUCGUUCUCCACAUCAACAACAACAACACCAUCACCACCACCAACAACAACAACAUCCUGAUACCGUGAAUCAUCAGCAACAGCAGCAGCAGCAACAUCCUGACAACACUAAAGGAACCAACAUAGGGCAAUUGCUUAACCCUGUCCACCCAUUGAACUCGCCUACUACUACCACAGCCACAACAACCACACCUACUACCACCUCAUCAUCAUCACCGCACAUGUUUUCUCAACAUCAACAACAAUUACCUGGUUCUCACAUGGUAACAUCCGCUUCAUCCUCUUCCACUUCAUCCUCCUCGGCAUCCAUGGCACAUCCAUAUGAAGUCAACAACAACAAGGACAACAAGGAUGAUUUGGUAGAUUAUCGACAUCAUCAUCAUCAUCAUCAUCAUCAUCAAGAUGCUGGUUUAUCAGCCAACAAUUACAGUGUGAUGCAUCAUACCCCUCCACAAGCUUUUCCCAAUGCUGUUAUUCACCCCGCAUUUACCACUGGUCACCAUGAUGAAUUGACACCAGGUCAUCAAGAUAUGGCAGGUCCCCUCAUGCUAAAGUGA